GGGACUUCCGGCGGCGCGCUCGGUCAGGGGGCGCUUUGGACCUUCUUGUCCUCAUCCGCACGUGUCUGCCGCCGCCUCCGCGAUGCUACCUCUGCUGCGCUGUGUGCCCCGCGCCUUGGGCUCUGCCGUCGCCGGCCUCCGCGCGGCGGCUUCCUCCCCGCCGCUCCGGCCGCUGCUGCAGCCGGUGCCACGGCCGUGCAUCCGGCCUUUUGGGCUCCUCAGCGUGCGCGCGGGGUCUGCGCGGCGGCCCAGCCUCCUGCGUCCUCGCGAGCCCUGCGCCUGUGGCUGCAGUGAGCUGCAUACGGAAGGGGACAAAGCUUUUGUUGAAUUCCUGAAUGAUGAAAUUAAGGAGGAAAAGAAAAUACAGAAGCAUAAAUCCCUCCCCAAGAUGUCUGGAGGUUGGGAGCUGGAAGUGAAUGGGACAGAAGCUAAAUUAGUGCGGAAUGUUGCUGGAGAAAAGAUCACUGUCACUUUCAACAUUAACAAUAGCAUCCCACCAACAUUUGAUGGGGAGGAGGAGCCCUCUCAAGGGCAGAAGGUUGAAGAACAGGAACCUGAAUUGACAUCUACUCCCAAUUUCGUGGUUGAAGUCAUAAAGAAUGGUACCAAGAAGGCCCUUGUGCUGGACUGUCACUAUCCAGAAGAUGAGGUUGGACAAGAAGAGGAGGACGAGAGUGACAUUUUCUCUAUCAGAGAAGUGAGCUUUCAGUCCACUGGCGAGUCUGACUGGAAGGACACAAAUUACACACUCAACACAGAUUCCCUGGACUGGGCCUUGUAUGACCACCUAAUGGAUUUCCUUGCGGACCGAGGGGUGGACAAUACUUUUGCGGAUGAGUUAGUGGAGCUCAGCACAGCCCUAGAGCACCAGGAGUACAUUACUUUUCUUGAAGACCUCAAAGGUUUUGUCAAGAGCCAGUAGAACACACAAGACGCUGAACACCUUUAUUUUAUGGCAGGCUUUGGCCAAUGAACAAAACCUAUUCUGAAGCCAGACGUGUGCUUUGAAAUGGUUUUCAUCCUAACAUCAUGGAAAAUAAUUCAAAUUUAAAUUAUUUGUUGCCCUCUUAUUUACUACUCAUUUCUUUACAGAUCUAUUAUUUCUAGAUUUUUGUAUAACAUAAUGAUGGAUAAUAAAAUUGGUUUAUCUCCUCUAA